AUGGUGGCUCUUGUUGUCAUGAGUUUUAUCUUGGUGGGUUUUACAACAUCCCUCAUGUAAUAUUACUAUGUAUUCUUGUGCUUUGUGUACAUCAUGACUGUCCUUGGCAAUGGUUUCCUUCUCUCUGUUAUCUACCUGGUGAAGACUCUACAUAGUCCUAAAUAUAUAAUAGUUUUCAACUUGGCUUUCACAGAUCUAUGUGGGAGCACUGCUCUCAUCCCAAAACUCUUGGACACAUUUUUGUUUAACAGAAGAUACAUUGUUUAUGAAGCCUCUGUACUGACUUCCUACAUUCAUCCAAAUGCCAGAAUAAUAAAUUCAACUUUGACAUUCACAAUUCCCUCGCUGCUCAAUCCUAUUAUUUACUCUUUGAAGACAGAAGAAGUGAGGAAUGCCACUAAGAAACUUUGCAGAAGAGCUAAAAUGAACAAAACAGCCAUUAAAUUAUGA